GCUCAUAGAGAAGAAAACACAUCUAAGACAGAAUCUUUUCAAGGUACUCCAAGCGAUCGCGAGAAGCUCGGCGUUUUUGGAGGAUUUUCUUCUGAUUUUUUUGAUAAUGUCUACGAUUAG